UGUAAACAAUGCAUAAGUGAAUGGAGAGGGCGCAUAGCAGUCAACACAAUGAUAAAAACAGUUGCUGAACUAUAGCUGAGAAGAACUUGGGAGGUAGAAAAUUAAUCAUUAUGAAUUUUAAUAGAGCAGAAUGACCACGGAAGGAGCUAACACUCCAAUAGACGGCAACAGCAGAGCUCUGGCUCCAUGCAGCGAAGAAGAAGCGAAAGCGAGGUAGCUAACUUGGGCUAACCUUGUUACUGACCGCUGUGAGGACUUGACUUUGGUAACGUUACAACCUUUGUGUAAUGCGAGCUCCUCUGCGCUGGGUGCUAUGGGAUGUGAAAGACACCCUGCUGAAGGUGCGCACAUCUGUGGGAGAGCAGUACUGUAGGGAGGCUGAGAGAAUGGGCCUUAGCCUCAAUCCUGUGGAGGUCGACACUGCUUUCUGCCAGGCGUAUCGACAUUAUUCCAGCAAAUACCCAAACUACGGCGUCACUCAGGGUCUGAAUGGAAAGACGUGGUGGAUGGGCGUGGUGCGGGACACUCUCUCACAGUGCAGAGUACAGGAACCUGCUCUGCUCAACACCGUGGCUCACAAUCUCUACCAUCACUUCAGCAGUGCAGAAAACUGGGAGGUAUUUCCAGAUUCAAAGAAGGCCUUAGAGAGUUGUUCUUCUCUCGGGCUGAAGCUGGGUGUGGUAUCCAACUUUGACAACCGUUUAGAAGCAAUUUUACGUGGUUGUGGGCUGCUGUCAUACUUCAGCUUUUUAAUAACAUCAGAGGAAGCCGGUGUGGCAAAGCCCAGUCCAGCCAUCUUUGAUCAGGCCCUGCAGAAAUGCGGCGUACCAGCUGACAGCAUAGCUCAUGUUGGGGACCAUUAUGUGAAGGAUUACCUCACCUCCAGGUCUGUAGGCAUCCACGGGUUCCUUUUAGACCGACACAACAAGCAUAACCAACCUGACAUUCCUCAAGAACAUCGACUCGGCUCCCUGGAGGAGCUGCCGUCACGGCUUCAGCAGCGUUUGGACUAAUGCCUAACAGUCAAGUGUAAAUCUACUCAGCCUGUCUGUGGUUCUGUUUAGGGAAUCAUUUCAGAGAUAAUAACCAUGUUGACAUCAUCAUUCACAUGACAGAUUCAAUCCUCUUGACAGAAGUGUAUAGAGAUGAAUUAUGAAUAUCAGAGAUUGUAAUAUAUAAAAUAUAUGUACAGUGUGUAAUUAUGCAUUUUAACUGUGAAUACUUUGGAAGUAAUAAAUACUGAUUCAUUCCA